AUGGCGGUCUUCUCUCUCCUCGCCAAGGAGAACAUCCCGAUUAAUUUGCCAUUGCUACAACCUACGGCACCUAAUCCUGCGGUUACAUCCAGUAAGAAGAGAAAGUCGAGGACGCCGCUGGAGGAUAUCACGAAUUCGAUCCACCCAGAAUUCGGGCCUUCAUCGGAGGACAGCCAAUCGGGACCCGACACGUCUUCACUUUUGCUGCUGGCCCGAUUGGCCCAUCAGGUGGGCAAUCGACGGAAAAAGGCCCGCAAUUCGAAUUAUCUGAGGAAUUCGCGUCCAGUUUCUGAGACUUUGAUGAAGCAUUUUAGAUAG